GAGAUCCGUUUUCCUGACUACUUGGACUGACGAUGCGGUCCUUUGGGAAGUCGUCGUCGUGCCGAUGGGCCAUCAGCGAAAUGGACAUGAGCAUCCUUCUUUUUAAUGGUUUUCUAUUACUGGGCUUCGUCGUGGCUACGGUACCGGAUGUUCUGGUGUUGGGUUCGCCGGGCCCCACGCAGGUCGUCGAUCGGGACACUUCUUUGAAAAAGUGCCGAUACAACAGGGUCUAUUCAAUGCUGGAAGCAGCCUGUUCGAAUAUGGAGUUGCAUGAUAUCCCGACGAAUCUCAAGACUGACAUUCAGAUACUGGAUGUUACCGUGAAUCGAUUGAGGGAGUUGACAAACGACAGUCUGACCUCUUACAAGAACUUAGCCUACAUCUAUCUGACUGACAAUUUUAUCCAAAAUAUCGAAGAAGGAGCCUUUGCCAAACAGAAGUAUCUAGAAGUUCUGGAUAUUUCACAAAACGGUUGUGACACUCUGCCCAAGAGUAUCUUCCAACUACCGUAUCUCCGCACGCUUUACCUCGGUAACAACAAGCUUAGCGACUCGGUGUUCAAGGUGGAAGUUACUUCGCCCAUCAAGCUGUUACAGUUGACCAGGAAUAAGCUCACCAAAAUCCCAUCUAUCGGCCCUCAACCAACCCUUGUCACCCUCAAUGUAUCUGAGAAUCUGAUCACCUCGGUCAAUACUGAGGAUCUGGCACCAUUCUGUUCGUUGAAGAAGCUCGAUCUUUCGCGGAAUAUGAUCAAGUUCAAGAGCGUUGGUUGCGAAUGUGAGAUAUUGAACGCCUGGGUGAGGCUACGUCAGAUCGAGAUGGAGCCUAAUUUCUUCAAUUGCACCAACUCGGAGACCGUAGCCGAGGAUUGCGCCAAUGUGCAGUUCAGCAAUCGAACAUAUGAAUUAUAUGACCAAUGUUCGACCAUCAUACAGCAGCAAGUGGAGACUGAAAAGGCUCGCUCAGUCUGGAUACUGGUAAUCUCGUGCGUCUCGGGAUUUCUCUUCAUCGUUUUCAUAGUACUAUGCUGUGUGCACAAGCGGAAUCGCAGGCGACGCAGGAAGCAAAAAGAACAACAGCAGCUAGCAGCGAACAACGCCAAUACUGAAUUAUUGAAUAGCAAUCUGACAACCGGUAAUUCGUGAAAUAAUCGCCGAAAUGUACAACAAUAAAAAUUGUAGAGAAUCUUGUGUCGAUGCCGAGAGUACAGCUUUACACGAACC